GUCGUUCUCGCAGCGUCGAUAUGCACUCGUGGAGGCAAAGCAGUCCUCUCACGGCAGUUCCGCGAAAUCCCCCGGUCGCGGAUUGAGGCACUUUUGGCUUCGUUCCCUAAGCUGGCAGACUCGGGAACCCAACACACCACUGUCGAGCAAGACAACGUGCGCUUCGUCUACCAGCCAUUGGAUGAGCUGUACAUCAUCUUGAUCACCAACCGCCAAUCCAAUAUUCUCCAGGAUAUAGACAGCCUGCACCUGUUUGCCCAGGUUACCACCAGCAUUUGCAAGAGCCUAGACGAGCGCGAGAUCGUGCGCAAUGCCUUUGAGUUGUUGAGCGCAUUCGAUGAGUUGGUGACACUGGGUUACCGGGAAAAUCUGUCUUUGUCUCAGAUCAAGACCUUCCUGGAGAUGGAGAGUCACGAAGAGAGAAUCCAAGAGAUUAUUGAGCGGAACAAGGAAUUGGAGGCCAGCGAGGAGCGGAAGCGUAAGGCGAAGCAAUUGGAGAUGCAGCGCAAGGAAGCUGCUCGUACAGGCCGUGGCGCAGCCCCGCGGGCUCCUUCUUACCCCGUCUACACACCCCCCUCCCGCCCAUCAGUGCCGGAUACAUAUGAUUCUUAUGAGGCGGAGAAGAAGAAGACUUUCGCAAAGCCCCUCCCAACCCGUGGCAAGGGUAUGCAACUUGGUAAGAAGUCCAAGGCAACCGAUAUCUACGAAAAGGUCCGAGGCGAUUUGGGUCCCGAGCCCGAGGAGGACAGCCCUCUGGUGACACCACAGGUGUCCACUCCAGUGCAAGAACCCGUUUCGGCGCGUGAAUCUCUCACGGCGGACCGGGAGCCCAUCCAUAUGACUAUUGCCGAGACCAUUUCCGCAACUCUUACACGCGACGGUGCCCUGAAGGAAUUCGAAGUCAAGGGAGAUCUUCAACUUCGCAUCUCGGACCCGGCUUUCACAAAACUGCGUCUUGAUCUACAGGCCAAUCCUACCCAUGGCGCCCAGUUCCGAACUCACCCCAACGUGGACAAGGCCCUCUUCACCAGCUCCUCCAUAAUUCAACUCAAGGACACCUCGAAGCGGUUCCCCACAAACAACGCGAUUGGUGUUUUGCGGUGGCGCGUGGCCAGCUCGGCUGAUAACACCGAUGUUCUCCCCAUCACAUUCACCGUGUGGGUCAACAAGGGCUCCGACUCGACCACUGUGACUGUGGAGUACGAGCUUACCGGCAGCGAUAGCCUGCGCGAUGUUGUUGUCACUAUUCCUUACGAGGAUUCAGAGCCCGCGAUUGCUAGCUUUGAUGCGGUAUACGAGGUCUCGGGUGACAGCAUUGACUGGAACCUCGGUGCUGUUGAUGAAUCGAACCCUACUGGCAGCUUCGAGUUUGAGACUACCGACGGCGAUGAGGAUCAGUUCUUCCCAAUGAGCGUUCGCUUCACAAAGAGUCAGCCAUUCGUGGAUGUUGAUGUCACUGAUGUGUCGCUACUGGAGAUGGAGGGUGAGAGUACCGGAUUCUCCAAGGACGUCCGCAGUGUUGCCGAGAAAUUCGUGAUUGUAUGA